CUCAGGCAAAAACUAGGUCCCACCUCCCGAGUGGAAUAGAACCGAUACCGGUAGAGGAAGCAGCACCCGGAAACAGCAAGUCCUCACCUGAGACCGGAUCGUCACGGCGGCUGCUGACGGCUCUGAUACUCGGCAGAAACCAGCGGCGCAGCAGCAGAAGUGUGUCCAGGUGCAGGAUGGACUCCCAUAAAGACGUUCUGGAGCGGCUGCGGACGGCCUUCAGGUCGGGCCUCACCUUACCGGAGGAGUUCCGCCGGGCGCAGAUCACCCAGCUCAUGUCCAUGAUCAGAGAGAACGAGGACAGCAUUAUGAAAGCUUUGCACCAAGAUUUAUCAAAGCCCAAAUUUGAGAGCGCCCUCUCCGAGGUGGAUAUAGUGAUCAACGAGCUGCAUCACGCCAUCUCCAACAUCUCUACCUGGAUGCAGCCAGAGUACGUGACCAAAAACCUGGCCACAAAACUAGACGACUGUUUUGUCCGGAGGGAACCUUUAGGAGUCGUCCUCAUUAUCGGGCCGUGGAACUACCCACUGCAACUCCUGAUUCUGCCACUAGUGGGAGCCAUCGCUGCAGGAAACUGUGCGGUGAUCAAGCCUUCAGAGAUCAGCGCCGCCACAGAGAGUCUGGUAGCCGAGCUCAUUCCCAAGUACCUGCAUCAGGACUGUUACGCCGUCGUUCGAGGAGGAUCGGAGCAAACAAAGGCUCUGCUGCAGAACCGAUUCGACCACAUCUUUUACACCGGUUCCCAGGCUGUGGCCCGAAGCGUUGUGCAGGCAGCCUCCGUUCACCUCACCCCGGUGACCCUGGAGCUGGGCGGCAAGUGUCCCUGCCUCAUAUACGGGCGGAUUAACAUCCAAGCCGCCGCUCAUCGCCUAGCAUGGGCCAAGUUCUUCAACAUGGGCCAGAGCUGCGUGGCUCCAGACUACGUACUGUGCACGGAGGCCACCCGUGACGCCCUGGUGCCGGCGCUGUCCGCGGUGCUGGAGAAGUUCUACGGAAAGGAGCUCCAGAAGAGCCCGGACCUGUCCCGCAUCGUGUCCGACCGCCACUACAAUCGUCUGAAGAAGCUGCUUGAUCGAACCAAAGGGAAGGUGGUGAUUGGAGGAGAGAGCGACCAGGAGGAUAAAUACAUAGCGCCCACGGUGGUGGUGGACGUAGCAGAGGACGACGCCCUGAUGGGGGAGGAGAUCUUUGGCCCCAUUCUGCCAAUCAUCACCCUGGAGAAGCUGGAGGAGAGCAUUGAAUUUGUCAAUCGUACCGAGAAGCCUUUGGCCAUCUACGUGUUCUCGGACGAGUCCUUUGUGGUGAAGACUGUGAUGGAGAAGACCACCAGCGGGGGCUUCUGCUCCAACGACGGCAUCGUUCACAUGACCCUGCCUGGUCUGCCUUUUGGAGGAGUAGGAGCCAGCGGCUGGGGCUCAUACCACGGCCGUUGGGGCUUCGAGCAGUUCAGUCACCGACGGUCCUGCAUGCUGAGAGGCUGGGCUUUGGAGCGGCUCAACGGCCUGCGCUACCCACCGUACACCGAGGACAAGCUGAAAUGGCUGCGCUGGACCACGUCUGCUCAGAACAGCUGUUCGCUGAUGUGAAGCAGGGCUGGUUUUACCGUAGCUGAACACGAAGACGUCUUCUCCAGCUUCCCGGCGUCGCCUUCGUGAGAGCGUGGGGGCGAAGACUGGAUCAUAUCUGUUAUUCACUUUAAAGGCAGCAUGGUCAAGCUGGAAGUGAAAGUUUGAGGCAAAAUUAAAAACUUUUUACACUGAAAUAAUAUUUAGGAGGAAAAUAAAAUGUUUUUUUGCAACAUUUUGGGAGAUUAUUGGUGUAUUUGUACAUAUUAGCAUAACCGUUUCUUCAGAGUGUAAAACUAGACAUGUUGGAGCCUUUAUAUUAAUCUGUUACCAUAACUUUCUUUGUGGAACCAUCAGUGUCUGUUUCUUUAAUCAAAAUGUUGUAAAUAAAUAUAAUUUUUUUUAAACUUCUGUGGCAAAUCAGAGAUUUCCAAAUGUCUUUUUUUAGGAACCUAACUCAAAUGUGCUGAAAUAAGAAUUUUCUGCAUGUUCUUCCUGUUCAUCAGUAUCCAGAUCUCCAAAGCUGUUAACGUGAUGAUAAAAUGGUCUCAGUUAGCCGUUAGGUCUCUGUUUGUCUUCAAGUAAUGUGGAUUCAUUAAGCACCUUCCAAAACCAUCAAAAAUGAGCUGUAUUAAAAAAAAGAUUGAAUGGCAAUAAAGUGACACAAAAAAUAC